CCGGGUCGAGCUGGAACUGCAGACGCUGGCAACUCGUGGAGGAUGUAGGAAACUGCUAUUUGUAAGGAAAAGCGUUAUUGCUGAGCAACUGAGAGAAGACCAACGUAUAUAGGCUACUAGGUCUGGGCACCGAGAUCAGUGUACAGUUCCAUUGGAUAUUGCAAAGCCUCCACCAUAAAAGCCAGCGAAAUAGAGCAGUAAAUAAAAGGAAUUCAAGUGUUGGGCCUGUGCCACUGAUAAUCAUAGCCAGCACUCCAACUGUAACCACUGGCUGUAGGCAGCUGUGUCCGACUCAUUGGAUGACUGGAGAGGCAGCACACUGAAGUAGCCUACGCCUAAGAUGACAUAUGGUUGGAGUGAGUAGCGUAGCAGAGAUGAGUCUCACAUCAUGGUUCCUGGUGAGCAGCGGGGGCACUCGUCACCGUCUGCCCCUGGAGAUGAUCUUCGUCGGCCGAGACGACUGCGAGCUCAUGCUGCAGUCGCGGAGUGUUGACAAGCAGCAUGCGGUCAUCAACUAUGAGGUGACCAGCGAUGAGCACAAAGUCAAGGACCUGGGCAGCCUGAACGGGACAUUUGUGAAUGAUGUCCGAAUUCAGGAGCAGACGUAUGUCACAUUAAAGAUUAAUGACAAGCUGAGGUUUGGAUAUGAUAUCAACCUGUUCACGGUGGUGCGUGAGGAGAUGACUGUCCCAGAUGAGGCUCUUCAGCAUGAGAAGUUCACCAGCCAGCUCCAGCUGACUAAGAAGCACUUCAACGGUGAGCCCACUAAGUCCCCCGCUAAGACCCCCAGACCAGCCGAGACCAAGGCAGCCGAGGGGACCACCAUGGAGCCAUCGGCCAAACCUGCUGAUUCACACCAGGGAGAUGACAAGAUGGCAGGGGACAUAGCAGCAUCGCACCGGGGAACACCUCUGUAUGGACAGCCAUCUUGGUGGGGGGAUGGGGACGCAGACGACGAGAACUCCUUCAAACAGGAGACCAAGACGUGUGGGAAGAAGCAUGACAGCUCUGCAGCAGACGGCAGAGAGCCUAAGAGGAGUGAGAGGCCUAUGGAGGAUGGUCUGGGACUUGAGCCCAGCUACUUUGAGAUCCCCACCAAGGAGUCUCAGAUGGCUGAGGACAGCAUUCAUGAAAUCCCUACCAAAGACACUGAGGGGGCUGCUGCUACCACCGCCAGCAGCGCUCAGGGCCACGCCUCACCUCACGCCUUCACCAUCGAGUUUGAUGACACCUCCCCUGGCAAGGUCAGGAUUAAGGACCAUGUGUCCAAACUGACUCCGGACCACCGGCCCCGGCCUAAGAAGGCACCCCAGCCGGGGAGCAAGGACCUCAGCACCCUACAGGCCGCCAUGAUGGCCUCUGAGAGCAAGGUGGCUGAUUGGCUGGCCCACAAUGACCCCCCCACGGUGCACAGUGAGUCCACAGAGGAGGACAGCAAGAGCAUCAAGAGUGAUGUCCCCGUCCACUUCCACAGGCUUAAAGGCAGCAAGCAUGAGGACGGUACCCAGAGUGACUCUGAGAACGGGAUUGGCCUGCGCUUCGGCAGCCGGAGGCUGGCUCUGGAGGAGAGGCUGAGGUCGGCGCAGGGAGGACAGGGAGGUCAGUGGGGUCGGACUACCGGCAACAGGACUACCUUCAUGAUCGAAUUCUACAACGAUGACAACCCCCGCAAGCGACGCUCCUACUCCUUCUCCCAGACUGCACCGCUGCUUGGGGGUGCGGCCAGGGAGGCUCUUUGCCCCACCCCCCCCUCCCACUCUAAGGCCCCUUCCACCAUGACCACAGACUUCAGUAAGGCCCCGUUAUCAGCGGCCCUGAUAGCAGGAGCCCCCACUGCCGCCCGAGUUCUGAUGAAGCAGAGGUCUGAGGACCAGAGCAUAGGGAGGAGCUCGGUCAGUACAGGCCACCAGACCACUGAGCCCAGCCCCAGUGAGGAGGGUCUGAGGACCCCUCGGUCUCAGGGGGACAGGGACAGGGAGCAGGAGGAUGACCAGAGUGAUAAGGGAACCUACACCAUCGAGUUGGAGAACCGCAACCCUGAGGAGGAGGAGGCCAGGCGCAUGAUAGACAAGGUGUUCGGGAUGGAGCAGAACCAGGAUCUGUCUGUCUCAGGACCAGUAGAACUACAACAAGGAGGAGGGGGGAAGAAGGAGAGGAAGACCACAGAGAUGGGAGAAACGGUGAAACCAAGCUGCCUUCCAUCCGAGAGUAUGUCUGAGGACUCGGUGGCAGUGGGCAGUAGUCACUGGGUGUCUCAGUGGACCAGUCCAGCUGCAAACCACACCAGAACCGACCCAGAGGGGUCUGGUGCUGAGUCAUCUGCCUUCGUCCAUCAGCAGAGAGAAGUGGAUGCCUUUGAGUUGGCCGUUUCCAUCCGAAGCACCAGCUCUGCCACCUCCAGUCUCACCGAGCGUAAACGCAGGACCCUCCCACAGCUCCCCAUCGACGACCCCCGGGCCAAGCCUGGGAAGAGCUUGUGCGGCCUGGGCCUGCAUCGCUCAGAGAUCGGGGAGAAACAGGAUACGGAGCCCCAGGAAAAGGAGAGGCAGGUGGAGAAUGAAGGAGACAGGGCGUGUUUUACCUCCAUAGAGGAGGGGGAUAUGAUGAACCAGACCAAGGCCCCACUACAGGCCUCCUCCAAGCCCUCUCUCAGACCUAUGAGCAGCAGUGAGAAGAGGUCCGAGGAGAGGAGGAGGCGGGCGGAGGAUAGGAUUCAGCACUACAGCAAAGGAGGAGGGGACAGGGGGGGGAAGUCAGGGGGCAAGUCUCUAGUCCGUCAGGGCAGCUUCACCAUUGAGAAGCCCAGUGGUGUGGUGCCCAUCGAGCUGAUCCCUCGGAUCAAAGGUGAUGCCGGUGUCCUGGGCAGCGAGCGCAGUGACUCUGUGGGCAGCAUGGACACAGCCACCCUGCUGAAGGACACAGAGGCUGUCAUGGCCUUCCUGGAGGCCAAGCUGAGGGCUGAGAACAAGCUGGACAGAGCCAACCGUGCAGGCUUCUUCUCCCCUGAGUCAGACGUGGACACGGCCAGCACCUACAACCAGGCGGCAGGGGAGGGAGAGAAGAAACCAACUCACCAGAAACGCCGCUCCCUCAGCAGCCUGUACAAGGAGAAGAGCAACCUGGGCUCAACCUCCAAAACCGCUGCCAGCACCAACGCUCGCGAGCGCUUGGAGAGAAAGACCAAGACCAGAACUGAUCCCAGCCGGCCAGAUGUCCGCCGCUCCGUCCAACCUGCCUCCUCGCGGGCACGCCAACCCUCCCAGGAUCUCACAGAUGACGACCAGACCUCGUCCUUCCCCAUCUCCGACAUUCUUUCCUCUGACCAGGAGAGUUUGCAUAGUCGCACGUACGGCCGCGGCCACUUCACCUCUACGGAUGACCUGCUACAUUCCAAACUGGAAGCCAAAUCCAGCUGCAAGACCAGCUCCAGUAAGUCUAGUAAGACUCUCCAGGCCGCCACAGCUUCCUCCCUGGGGAAACAGGCCUCUCUGCCCCAGCCACGGCCUACCAGAACCUCCUUGCUCCGCCGGGCCCGGCUGGGGGACACAUCCGACACGGACCAGGCCGAUGCAGACAGGAUGUCUGUGGCCUCCGAGGUGUCCACCACCAGUUCUACAUCCAAGCCUCCAUCUGGUCGUAAAGGGCCCUCGCGGCUGGACAUGUUGGCCCAGCCCAGGAGGACACGGCUGGGCUCCAUCUCGGCCCGUAGUGACUCAGAGUGUACAGUAGGUAGGAGCAGCACCUCCUCCCCUCGCCUGUCUGCAGAGACCAUACUGCGCCUGGGCCUCCGCUCCCCCACCGACAACAAACUGGCUCCUCGCAUGAGGGCCAACAGUGUGUCCAAGCUGACCGAAGCCAAGUCCAGAAUCAGCUCCUCCAUCCACAGCACUCCCUCAGCCUCUAACAGGUGGAGACGAUUGCCCCCAGAGUAUGGAUCCACCUCCGAGGAGGAGUUUGGCUCCAACAGGAACUCCCCCAAACCCGGGCGCCCCCUGCGCCCACACCCGGUCCUGAGGGGUACCAGACUCGGGGGCUCCACCGGCAUCCUUAACUCUGGUCAGGUUGGCCCUGGAGGCGUGGUCCUGAAACACCGCAUGAGAGAACAACAGGAGGAGUACGUCAAGGACUGGACCGCUCACAGCGAGGAGAUUGCCAGGAUCAGUCAAGACCUAACCAAGGACCUGGCCAUCCUCGCCCGGGAGAUCCACGAUGUGGCCGGAGAGAUCGACUCGGUCAGCUCCUCUGGCACGGCUCCCAGCACCACAGUCAGCACCGCCGCCACCACACCCGGCUCCACUAUUGACACCCACGAAGUGGUAGGCCGCACGCAGGAAGGCACGCAGGAGGGCUUGCAAAAGCUGAUUGACUGUGUGUUUGACGAGAGCCUCAACUUCAGGAAGAUCCCUCCCAUGGUGCAGAACAAGGCCCCUGAGAUAAAUGGACGCCCUGUAGAGCGCCGCCCCCGCGCCCCAGACAGCCUGGACUGCGUCCUCCAGAGACGCACAUGGAACAGAGAUGAGGCGGUGUUGGACAGUCUGCUGCUCACAUCUGUCUCUCAGCUGUCAGCCCAAAUCAGACAGUCUGUUGACAAAACAGCAGGAAAAAUACGAAUAUUGUUCAAAGACAAGGACAGGAAUUGGGAUGAGAUUGAGAGCAAACUCCGAUCUGACAGCGACAUACCACUCCUCAAAACCUCCAACAAGGACAUCUCCUCUAUCGUCUUGGAGCUGAAGAGAGUGGAGAAGCAGCUACAAGUGAUAAAUAUCAUGGUGGAUCCUGAAGGCACCCUGGAUGCCCUGAGCAGCCUUGACCUGACCAGCCCCCUUACACCCAAGCCCUCUCCUGGUUCUCAGGGGCCCCAGAAGACCCUCCCAGGCCCUGCAGCCAGGGGCUACACCGCCUCCUCGGCAACCACUGAGGGGUCAGGGUCUGUGUCAGCCAGAGACCUGGGAAGCCUGCACUUCAACCGCAUCCACCCCAGUGGAGAAGAGAGUGCCAUCACUCAGAAGUGAGGAGGUUCCCACCCUCUGAUGCUUCAUAUAUAGAACACCUGCCUCAAUGAACAAUUUGCCCUCUUUCGGGAAUAUUUCAGAAUGAACCUCCACCACCCUAGUAACCUACCAAAGCUAACAGUAAAGAGGUUUUUUUUUAUGUGAGCCAAGUUUCCAAACGUGAAAUAAGUGUACAGUGGAGCAAACUCAAAAUGUUUCUUAUUGUAUUUUGAAUGGUAAUUUAUCUGUUUUGCUGGUAAUCUGUUUUCUAUCUAUUUUCUGCACAUUUGUCUAAAAUACUGAAUUUCAACUUCUCUGAGCAAUUCUGUACCCAGAGAAUCAUACAUUGUUAAGGUGAAAUGCAAUUCACAUGAAAACAUGUUUUUAGUGUUUGAAACGAUUUAAGACUGUUACAGUACCAUGUUAAACUAUGUUACAGUACAGUAAUGCUUGUAAGUAGCCUGAACGAUUCAUUUUUGGAACGCGACGCAAACGGACCUCCGUUGGCUCCGUUUGCAUAGACAUUAAUUAGAGCCCUUAAGCCUGGUCCUUGACCCGAAUUACAUAUUUCAUAUGAUUUGCAUAGCUUUAUAUUUUUCCUGUUAUGACUAUGCGGUAUCUUUGUAAACUGGAAGUGAAAAGGAAAAUGUGACAUUGACCGGAUCUUUUUCAUCUUGGACUGUUCUGAGUCCCUCCUCUUUACUGUAGUAUUUUAUACAGUAACAUGAGUCCAUAAUGGUGUACCAGAUGUACACCCUGAAUGGCCUUUGUUGGAGAGAGCAGGUCGGUCUUCUACCAAGAGGACCUCUUGUCUGUUUAGUGUUGAUUUACAAGGACUUUAAAUUGGUCUUUGAAAUUGUAUGAAACAACAUGACUGCAACAAGGUUACCGUCAAAGCUUCAUUAGCUAUAACCACUGUCAUUAAAGACAGAAGUUACCGUCAAAGCUUCAUUAGCUAUAACCACUGUCAUUAAAGACAGAAGUUACUGUCAACAUUGCAUUAGCUAUAACCACUGUCAUUAAAGACAGAAGUUACCGUCAAAGCUUCAUUAGCUAUAACCACUGUCAUUAAAGACAGAAGUUACUGUCAACAUUGCAUUAGCUAUAACCACUGUCAUUAAAGACAGAAGUUACCGUCAAAGCUUCAUUAGCUAUAACCACUGUCAUUAAAGACAGAAGUUACUGUCAACGUUGCAUUAGCUAUAACCACUGUCAUUAAAGACAGAAGUUACCGUCAAAGCUUCAUUAGCUAUAACCACUGUCAUUACAGCCAGAAGUUACCGUCAAAGUUGCAUUAGCUAUAACCACUGUCAUUAAAGACAGAAGUUACCGUCAAAGCUUCAUUAGCUAUAACCACUGUCAUUACAGCCAGAAGUUACCGUCAAUGUUGCAUUAGCUGUAACCACUGUCAUUACAGAAAGAAGUUACUGUCAACGUUGCAUUAGCUAUAACCACUGUCAUUACUAAAUAUAUGAAUGAUGAUCAUAAGACUAUAGCAAGCCUUUUACUGACAUUGAAUCACUCACCAUUCUACAUUUCCAUAAGGGAGGAUGUUGUCAUGUACUCAUACAGUAUGUGUGUAUAGACUUGACAUCCUCACUGCGUUUGCUGCUUCUCUUUAGUUCCCUUUUGGAGGGUUAGCCUGACCAUUUUACAAGCCUUUCAUGUAAAGUUAUGUGUCGUCGUAUAAAAUGUAAUCAAGAUCUUGCAACCGUAUUUAGAUACUUAAGCAAUAGUGAAGUUAGGUACCAGAAAACAUGCUCCAUCUUUUCUGCUUCAUAUACGGACUUUGAUGUCACUAAGUGCCCAGUUUGAAUAGUAAAAUGGCAUAACGUUUUUUUAAGAUGAGGAAUCAUCCAGAGUGGAAUGAAAUGGUAUAAUUUGUCAAACGUGUCAAAGGCUCUUCAAGUGUCACCGUCAGUGGUUUUAGGAUUCAAAGGGACAAAACCAAAAACCUAAAUGGAACAGCUGAUAUCAGAAUGAGAUGCCUCUGUACCUAUCCUCUGCACACCAUCAUGUGUGUCAGUAUAUGACAUUAAAGAAAGAAAGUGAUGGGAAUACUGAAGUGCUCGGUACACUUUUUGUUAAUUUGAAAGUUUACACAUCUUAUCAGUGUUUUACUUUUCUGUUUCAUGUUUUGUGGAAACCACCAUUUUAUUUAUUUUGUUAAUUCAAUGUAUUUUAUUGUUGCAAUUCAUGUUUAUUGUUAUGUUACUUUUUUUCAAUUAAAUAAAAUGUUUAGAUUCUUUCCUUA